ACCCUAUUUUGGACACAUCUGCCCGAAUUCAACCCUACCCAAGAAACCCCCCUCUCUCUAACCCUCCUACCCCCAGCUUCUCACUUGUAGACUUGUGAUUUAUUCUGCUUUUUCGUUUUUCGACAUUUUCCAUUUUCAAAGCAAGAAACUUUAGAGGGUUUGCAAAUGGAGGGGGCAAAGCUGAGCUCUGAUGUGAAGCUUGUUGAGGCUGCUGUGGUUAAUACUCUUUUGGCUGCUCAAACUUGCCUUCUCAUGCUGACUAGCUCGUUGCUGAAUGACAAACUACCCGCUUGGAUAGGAAAUCGGUUUCCGAUGGAGGAGCUUCAUAGAGUGAACAAGCCAGGACUUGAAAACAAAGAUGGAAGUGAUACCGAGGAUGAUGACGAGGAUGAAGAUGAGGACAAUGCCGAGCCUGAUGAUGAUGCUGGUGAUGAAGACUUUUCAGGCGGCGAAGAAGGCGGAGAUGAUGAUGAUGAAGGCGAUCCUGAAGAGGACGCCGAGGCUAAUGGUGACGGAGGAAGUGACGACGACGACGAUGAUGAUGGGGAUGACGACGAUGAGGACGGGGACGAUGAUGAGGACGAGGAGGAAGACGAGGACGAGGAGGAUCAACCACCUGCUAAGAAGAGGAAGUGAUGGAGACUUUUGUAUUUGGUUUGGUUGGGAAGUGUGUAUUAGAAUGAGGUUAAUCUAGGGAAUUUGACCAUGGUUUGUGAGAAUGGAUUUUCAUCAUUAGACUUAGAUGGAAUGUAACAUGCUCCCAUGAGAAUUCUGGAUUUAUGGUAGCUUAUGUGAGAUCUCUGUUUAAUCA